AAAUUCGUAGCUGAUGUUAGCUACAUUGGGAGGGCUAAGCUAGCAGGUGGUUGGCUAACGCUACCUCGACAGCAUGCAACUAAUAUAGCUCCUAGCCUACAUGAUGCAAAUAUAUAUAUUUAGCUAUAUCAUACCAACGUAUAACCCACAGACAUGGAAUAAAUAUGUGAAAAUGGAUGGCUUUAGGACCGAGCCCUCUUACGCAAGUUUUCUAGAUCAUUCCCUAAAAUAAAAAACGCGCACGAGAAGGAGGCGUGAACGCAUCGUCCGGACCAGAAGACAAAGCAUCCUCAGUUCUGACCCAAGCUGACGGGACAGAGGGUUGAGGGAAUCUCCGAGCAGAGAGCAUCAUGGGAGGAGCCGUGGUAGACGAUGAGCCUAGUGAUGUGAAGGCACCAGACGGAGGGUGGGGCUGGGCCGUGCUGGCCGGAGGGUUUGUCAUCACUGGGUUCUCCUAUGCCUUCCCCAAGGCUGUCAGUGUGUUUUUCAAGGAGUUGAUCAGGGAGUUCGGAGUGGGAUAUAGCGACUGUGCAUGGAUUUCUUCUAUACUGUUGGCCAUGCUCUAUGGCACAGGUCCACUGUGCAGUGUGCUGGUGAACAAGUUUGGGUGUCGGCCAGUGAUGAUGGUGGGAGGGCUCUUUGCCUCCUUGGGAAUGAUUCUGGCGUCCUUGGCCACCAGUAUCAUACACAUCUACCUCUGUACUGGAGUUAUAACAGGUCUGGGCCUGGCACUGAACUUCCAGCCAUCUCUGAUCAUGCUGAAUCGUUACUUUAGUGAGAAGAGGCCUCUAGCUAACGGACUAUCUGCUGCCGGGAGCCCCGUGGCCCUCUGCUGCCUCUCGCCUCUGGGACAGGUACUGCAGUACCACUACGGUUGGAGAGGCGGCUUCCUCAUCCUGGGAGGUCUGCUGCUCAACUGCUGCGCAUGUGGGGCCCUGAUGAGGCCCCUGGUGGGCCCCAAGAAGCCCCAGGACCAGGAGUUACAGGCUGUAGACCAAGCAGAAAAAAAGCCCAAACCUCUGAAGAAGCUCCUGGACUUUAGCGUAUUUAAAGACCGAGGUUUCCUCAUCUAUGCCAUAGCUGCGUCCAUCAUGGUACUGGGUCUGUUUGUGCCCCCUGUGUUUGUGGUGAGCUAUGCCAAGGAGAUGGGGAAUGAAGACACCAAGUCUGCCCUCCUCCUCACCAUCCUAGGGUUUGUUGAUAUCUUCGCCCGGCCCACGUGUGGGCUGAUCGCGGGGAUGAAGUGGGUGCGUCCUAGAUGUGUGUAUCUGUUCAGCUUCGCCAUACUCUUUAAUGGCAUCACCGACGUGGUCAGCUCACAGGCGACAGACUACCCUGGUCUGGUGGUGUUCUGUAUCUUCUUUGGCCUCUCUUACGGGAUGGUAGGGGCGCUGCAGUUUGAGGUUCUCAUGGCCAUCGUGGGCACCAAGAAGUUCUCCAGCGCUUUAGGGCUGGUGUUGCUCAUGGAGGCAAUCGCUGUGCUGGUGGGACCGCCUGGAGCAGGUCGUCUGCUGGACACCACCCAUAACUACAUGCAUGUGUUCCUGCUUGCUGGCUGUGAGGUCAUUCUGGCCUCUAUUGUCAUCUGUCUGGGCAACUUCCUGUGCAUCAAGAAGAAGUCAGAUGAGCCCGAAGCCCAUCUAGAGAAUGGAGCCCCUGCAGAGAUGGAGAAGCUCAACAGCCUGCCAGAUGGAGGGAAGACUGAGAGCGAGCAGCCGGAAGGGGUGAGGGCAGGCUCGGGAAAGGCGAUGGAGGGAGCAGAGAAGAGUGGAGGGGUGGGGACCCCAGAGACGGCUCUGUGAUAGAGGGGAGAUUGCUAAUGAAUUACGGAGAGAGUGACUGAUGAGCCCGAUGAAGCACCAAUAGGGAAGACAUGCGUACACACUCUGACAGAGGGAGGAAGGGAUGGAUUGCGGGGCGCUGUACGUGUUUGGUGUUGUGUACUUUAACUCUGUAGGUGUUAAAUUAACACUGAGUUGUGUAAUAGAACCCCAAUGUUGGUGUUAAUAACCAGCUUUGACUCCAAUCAUUAUCAUAUUUCCCAGCAUGGUAAAUUGCAUGUUUUUUUUUCAAAUCUUUAUUUUAUGUUUUUGCAGAUUAAUUAAUCUUGUUCUACUCAAAUAUAACGUACAUUUUUCUAAACUAAUCCAAUAUGUUACCUGGAAUUAUUGCACCCAUUACUGAAAUGGUUGUUCCAGUUUAGAUACUUUAGAGUCUCCUACAGUAUCUUAGUAUUCCCAAUCCUGGCAAUCAUUCUGAAUAAAAAAUAAAACAUUCCAAAUGUUGGAUAUCCCACUCUGGCUGGAUUCCAUUAGGAAUUACACAUCACUUUGCAAGCCAGCAGAAAUGUACUUGCAGGCCAAACCGUGAGUUUCAGGCCACUCACAGGAUACAUCAAAAUAAGGCCUAAUGAAAUAUGUAUUGUCAUAAAGAAUUCAAUUUUAAUGAUAACAUUUGCUUAGGAUCUCAGUUGGUGAAGGCCACAAGACUGAAAAUGAACAAAUGCAACAACCAUGUCUCUGUCAUUAACAAAUACAGUCAUGGGUGGUAACUCCACAAUUUACUUGAAAGACAACCUGGGAAAUGUGAAAAUAAGGCUUUACACUAAGUGGUUUGUUAAUUUAACACUGGAAAGUGUGGACCCAUAUAGACACUGGAAGAGUGGUAGAUUUAACACUGGAGAAUUUGCUGUGUACAGACCAGCACGCAUACCAGAAAGAACACUAAAUGUUUUCUGGACUCGCACUGCCACACACACUUGCAGGAACCAAAGAGCAUGUGCACACACACCCAUUCAACCUUGAACUAACCAAUACUUGUCACUGCCUGACUCAUCAGUUGUUGAUACAGAAAAUAAUAACGAACAACUUCAUUUCCAGGACAUUUCCACAGUGACGGUAUUUGUUUAUGGAGACACUCCCCAGUGAGGAGAGAUGAAAGAAACAAUGGAACUCUUCUUUCUUCCUGAGUGACAGUGGCUUCCAGUGACGUGACAUCUUGAAGUGACUUCUUUUCAAAGACAAGAAACAUCUCUGUACGAGAAGAGUUUUAUAUUUUUUUUUUUUUUUUUAAGACCUCGAGCUGGUUUCCCAAACCCAGAUUCAGCUUAGUCCUGGACUGAGAAGCAUGCUCAAUGGAAAUUCUUAAUUGAAAGUGUUUUUUUUUAGUUCAGGACUAGGUGUGAUCUGUGUUCGAGAAAGUAGCCACAAAAGUAUUAUUUCAACUACCCAUGUUGUGGCAGGUUGCAGGCAACAUGGGUUAUUGUAUGAUUGAUGGUGUGACAUAUACUAUUUUAUUAAAGGUCCAAUGCAACAGUUUUUUAAUAUCUCAAUAGCAAAUUAUUUCUGGGUAACAAUUUAAGUACCUUACUGUGAUUGUUUUAAAUUAAAAUGGUCAAAUAAAAUGAAGCUUUCUUAGCAAAGAGCAAUUUUUCAAGAAAGAAUAUUGAUAAUACUGUCAGAGUGGUCUGAGUGUGGAAGGGAAAACUAGCAGUUUUGGCAAAGAGGUUUGGAACUCUGUUUCUUAUUGGUCUAUUGAUGUCACCAGGCAGGACAAAACUCCAUCCCACCAAAACAGGCUUCAAUUUCAGGCAGUCUUUUCAAAAGCUCUUACACUUAAAGGGCAUUUCACAAUUUCACAGUAUUAUUCCAACCUCCGUGUCAAAAUAAAAACAGAAAUCACGUUUUUGACUGCACAAGGUCUUUAUGGUAUAAUGUUACUGAGUUAUACAGGUUACAGUAAGGUCUAGGUGCUUGGUGAAAUUUUAUGAGAGCAUCUCUCAUAAAUCAUUAUCAGUUUCUUUCAAUAAAAGUAAUCUUCAGCCAGUAACCUAACACGCGUGCACACACACACAGUUUCUGAUAUAAAUAUAUAUUUACUCCAUGAACUGAAUAAGUUUAAGCCUUAUUUUAAUACAUAUAUUUCACUGUUUGUCUUCCAAUGUAAGGACUUUGUCAUAGCUGAGAUGUUUGAUAAAUCACAUUGAACUGGACAUUUAAAAAAAAAAAAUAUAUAUAUAUAUAUAUCUGAGGGCAUUAGCAUGUCACUUUUCUGCAAGAAUGCAGUGCUUGUUUCAGUGUUUUUGUUCGAACUGCAGAUGUACAUUUUAAAGGAUAUUUCAAGCAUUUGUCUAUGUUGUUUAUGCUGACAGGUGGAGUAAGAAUGUUGGCAGUCUACAGAUGGGAGUCUACAAAGAUCCUGUUGUGUAGUGUUGGUGUAUUCAAACUUAACCAAACCCUACACAACUGUCUAUCUCUUUAGAUCUGAAAAGCGGGACCCCUUAACAUGUGACAGGAUAUGACAUUAAAGCUAACCCCAGCCCACUGAUGUAAUAUGGAGUAAGACCUAUUUUAUAUAGUAGUGCCUUAAACCUGAUACAUUGGCAUCUGGGGAUGCUGUGAAAUGGACCAUAUGAAAAGCUGAUUACCCAGUAAUACAAUAUAUAGUGGUAUUUUGAUAUUUUCUUACACUGAUGCAGUGUAUUACAAUGCCUGUGAUGUCACCUGAUAAGUUAUCCCAGCUAAACAAAGUGAAGCACUUUGCUCUGCUCUAUGAAGGUUGGCUUUGCACUUGUAAAACUGUGUGUAGUCAGUAUUGUCCUAUAUGUUUCUGCAUGUUGGUAUAUUGUAUAUAUUGAUCUGCCUAUCUUGUCUGUCUGUGUGAGAUCUUUGUGCUUAUGAAUUAUAGAUCUGCAGACACUUACAAACCACAACCAUGUCCACAAGCACCCUCAUGGUUGAAUGUCAAACGUUCAUGUGGAUUUAUUCUAUUCAUAUUCUUCUGAGAUACGGCUGCUUCUUGACGUGUUCCUAUACCAUCCCAAUAAAUAUCUCUUCUGUGGAGAAAGUGGCUGGUUCUUUAACGCUUGAUAGUGAGCAUGUUGACUCUCUCUUUAGAUGCUCUAUUGGGAAUGGAAACACAAACAUGUUAGUGAGUGUUUAAUCCAAGGCCUACUCUCCAAUCCUCGUAGGCAGGAUGUGUUGUAUUUAGUACCAUAGAUGGAGGUAGUCUUGGUGGUAGCACAAUGUGCCAAAUAAACAACGGCCCUUAAUCACUUCAGAUGGGAUUGGCACCUAGACAUUGAGAUCGGCUUGAGAACAAUGGUAAACACUUCGUAGGGUAUCUCAGUCAGCAGAAUCAGCACCAGGAGAAUGUUCAAGGCUGUCCAAAAUCGCCCUUUAUGGGUCAAUGGUUGUGAAUACAGGAGUGGUUUGUAUUUGACUAUGAUAAUAAAUGUUGGAACCUUAAAGACCGUU